UACCUAUUUGGUUCUAAAAACUGUUUUGACAUCUAAUUAUAAUUAUUUUAUCGAAAUUUGCUAAAAUAUGGCAUCCUGGAGGUUAACACGACUUGUAGUCUUAAAUAAAGAGGCGAAAUAAACAGAUUUUUCAAACUUCUUAUGAAUGCUCGCCACCGGCGGUCUAAAUCAGAGAGUGAUUGUCAUUUUUGAAAGAAGCGGCGCAAUCCACAAAUCAUGACUGACACGCACUGAGAGCUGCUGUGAUCAUAUGCUCUGAUGUAUGUGCAGAAUGAUAUGAACCCUAUAAUUAUCUCCUGGCUGUCGUGACUUGUAAUUAUGCGUGUUUACCAAUUGGGGCUUAAUCUGCUGCGACACUAAUCGCGCGGAAUCAAUUUCUUACGCAUUCAUGCAGUUAAGCGUAAUUAUACUAAAGAGUGCUUGAACAGCUUAGCCGUCUCUCAGCUGGAGUGAAAAUAUCCGAUUAAUGCUUCUGCUUGACGUUGGUCGUUAACCGGCAGAGAAAACGUUAGAAUCCAGGGAGUCUGGCAGAGUCGCGCUUCCGAUAAAGAGCUUGCUUUAGUAACUUUAGCUUUAGUUCCUUUUAUAAUUAGCAACUUUAGCAAGAUUCGAAAAGCGUAUCGAGAGUCAAAAUGCGGAAAAGAAUUCCUAUUUACGCAGUCGUUAAACUAAACAUCACAUGGGUAACGCUCAGCAACUUAAGCUCGGGAGUUAACCGAUGAAAGGGUGAAAGACAUUCAUCACCAAAAAGCCAUGUCGGCACGACAGCUCUCAAACAGUCGGAAGAAAAUUGACCCGACGGAACUUGGAAAGAGAAGGUCUAGCGACGGAGGUGGAAAAAACUCGGGAUCAGUUGUGCUUCAGAAUGGUUCAAGUUGGUGUGAAAGGGGUUUUGAUAACGAAACAAUGGCUACUUCACCAAACAGUAGUCAAAGGUUCUUUGACAGUGACGGAGCUGUUCAAAUGAUGACAUUUCAACCCACGUCUCGCGUGAGCAAACAUGAAGAAUCUUGUUAUCAACUGAUUUCCUCUUGUUCGACUAAUCGUAGUAACGCGGUGAAAAGUGGAGCAGAUGAGAAUACAGAAGGUCUGGCGGAUUUUCCAGCACGCAGAGCAAGUUUCCACACUUCCAUUCAAGGUUUAUCUCUGUUGAGAGUGCCUGAUCCUGAGCUCACUGGCCAUAUAAAUUUUUCAGACAGCCAAGCAGAGGACACUACGCGAAUGACAGACGAGCAAAGGAAUAAACUAGAACGUUUGAAGCAACAAAUAUUUUUGGAUAACACUAGGAGAAAGUGGGGCCGAAAACUAAGUGAAAACAAAGUAGCUAAGAGCACGCACUCUAAUGUUACCGGGGAAACUAAACUUCCUGUUUUGACUGGGGAGGCGGUGAAGCGUCACUUGAGAUGUCACGAGACGCCAAUUACAGUUUCGAAGCCUUUAUCAAUGUAUGAUUCUGGCUCAAAUUUUGAGCCGACAGAUAGAGGCACACCAUUGCAAAAUCAAAAUUACGAUAGGGAUGCUGUUUUUAAACUGGCCCGACAUGACAGCGCAUCAGACCAAUUUGACGCUCCGUUGAAUAUGGACCCAUUCACAUCUGCAUAUUACGAACACCACUCUCAACGGAAAUCAAAUGAACAUGAUUUUGAACUCUCGCGUCCGCCUAUUGGUGAAGAAGGUGACUUCGAAUCCAUCGCUGUUUUCAUGGGACGGUUACGAACGCGAUCUGAACCUGGCGACCUGGUGUCCCGAAAAGUGUCGACCGUACAUCAGCUUCACACUCGCACCAGGUCGGAAAAUAACGAAUUGAGAACAAAAGUCCAGUUAUUUGUCAAGAAACCACUCCCAGCUUUACCACCCUCAACACUGCGCGUGAAGAAACAAGUUAUAAACGAAGUCACUAGCCAUUCAAUUUCUGGCGCUCACGCUAGUGCUAGUUGGACGCCACGAGAAAGAAGAGAAGGCAUAGUCAAUAUUCACACCUGUCCCAAUUUGAACGUGUUUUCUGACCGUUCUUGGCUGUACCAGGAUGUUUCUCGUAAUAGGCAUAGGUAUAUAAGAGGGCCGGCCACACCCGUCCCACCUGUGGAUUUCGUAUUUCGCGAGGACAAAUCUUAAAGGCCGUAGUUCCUCGUAUUAUCUUUCGUGAAUGGGAUCUUCUUGUCUUUAGAUCAUCAUGUCGACAAUAACAUUUCAUCAAGGGCCCCAAGAGAAUAGGCUGACUAAGAACAGAAAUAUGAAUCAAACCCAACAAAAGUGCGACGGCCGUUCGAGGGACAUCCUCGGAUUUGGGACACGGAGGUGACAUUGAACCCACGCGCAACUAAACGUAAUCCUGGCCUCAGAUAUCAUGGAAACUCGGUGACACUCGGACGUAAGCGAUCAUGGAAUUCCCACGGGAGAGGCCGGCACCCUAGUGACAAGACCUUUCUGCCCACUUAGAUCGUUUACGUAUUAGCUUCAUUAUGACAGACAUCCAUUUUAAACCGGUAAAGAAUACUGCUCGGAAAUAUACCGCCAAAAUCUGGCUGUAUCGAAACAGAUAACAGGCGACUCAACGCGUACUUUACCAGACCAUC